CAGAACAAGUCAUCUUUCAUGUGGCAUCUUUUGCUCUGCAAGCCAGAAGUGUAAUUAUGUUCAAUUUCCCUAUCUCAGGUGGCUGUAUCCUGGUACUCAGUAGGAACUUUGUGCAAUAUGCCUGCUUUGGACUGUUUGGAAUUAUAGCAUUACAGACUAUUGCAUACAGCAUUCUAUGGGACCUGAAGUUUCUGAUGAGGAACCUUGCCCUUGGGGGAGGCUUGCUGCUGCUUUUGGCCGAGUCGCGCUCGGAAGGGAAGAGCAUGUUUGCUGGCGUCCCCACCAUGCGGGAAAGCUCCCCGAAACAGUACAUGCAGCUGGGAGGCCGUGUGCUGCUGGUCCUCAUGUUCAUGACGCUGCUACAUUUUGAUAUGAACUUCUUUUCU